AUGCCACCAGCAAAGCUGGCUCCUCCUCAUUCUGCUCAGGAAGAAGCCCAGCAGCCGACCUUAUGGCAGAAGGGUCUUAGUUGGAUCCCUGGUACUCAACAAUUCAGAGCGCGAGCCAAACUCCUGUCCAAUUCACGCGUCCCUCUCCUUUACUCUGUCUCCGGCCUGAUCCUCCUUGUCCUUCUGCUCGCCCAGUUCUUCACCUCCAGGGACGUCCAGCCGCGCCUUUGGGCUCCUACUCCUUCUACUGCAUCUGCACCUGCUCCUGUUACUCUGCAGCCGACGUCAAGUCCUUUCAGUCCGUUUGGUGACAGCGUCUACCGUCAAGAGGCGUACUUUGAUUUACUGGAACCGGGCACCCAGUGCAGACCCAAGUCUCCCUUCACAUCAGACUUGCCCGUUACACACGCGAUGACCAAUAUGGCGCUGGAAGCAGAGGCCAAGCGCAUGGUUGCACAAUUUGAGUACACCUCAGAAGAUGUCAAUAAAGGCGUAAAAGAGUUCAUUCGGGAGAUGGAAGAGGGCCUGGAGAAGCAGGGGACCUCGAUCAGUCAAAUCCCAACCUACGUCACGUCGGUCCCCAAUGGCACUGAAAAGGGUGUUUAUCUGGCCGUGGACCUAGGCGGUACCAACUUCCGAGUAUGCUCUAUCACGCUGCAUGGCAACCAGUCCUUCUCGUUGCAGCAGUCCAAAGUCGCUGUCCCCCGGGCUCUGAUGGAAGCAAAGACCGCCCACGAACUCUUCUCCUUCCUUGCCAAACAGAUCGAGUCUUUCCUCAAAGCACAUCACAUGGACCAUUUUGAGUCGCAUCAAAACAAACCUGGCGAGGUCGAAUUUUUCGAUCUGGGUUUCACUUUCAGCUUUCCUGUCAAUCAGGUGGGCAUCAACAAGGGUAAAUUAAUGCGAUGGACAAAAGGCUUCAACAUCGAUGAAGCUCUAGGACAAGACGUUUGUGGGCUGCUGCAGAAGGAGAUUGACGCAUUGAACCUACCAGUGAGAGUGGCAGCUCUCGUGAACGAUACUGUGGGCACUCUGAUGGCCAGGUCGUACACUUCGCCGGGUAAGACAAGUACGUUGAUCGGCGCCAUCUUCGGCACCGGGACGAACGGCGCCUAUGUCGAAAAGCUCGACAGGGUGAAGAAGAUGAAGGCCAUAGACGAAGCAGAGGGCGGUGUUGCAAAUUAUGACUCGUCUACCGGUUUGAUGGUCAUUAACACAGAAUGGGGCAGUUUCGACAAUGCCCUGUCAGUCCUCCCUAAUACUCAGUACGACGUGGACUUGGACCGCGAGUCAGUAAACCCUGGCAUCCAGAUGUUUGAGAAACGCGUGUCGGGAAUGUUCUUGGGCGAAAUUCUGCGGCGAGCUCUGCUUAGUCUCUACCAGCACCCCGAUGCGGGUGUCGCCUUGUUCAAAGACGCAUCGUCACACGACAACGAUAUUAGAAGUACGACAACCGUGGCUGACGAUAGUCCCCUAUUUAAGAUAUGGGGGAUUGACACCUCGUUUCUCUCCAUUGUUGAGGAGGACCACUCGGACCGCCUGCGUAUCACCAAGCAGACACUGGAAAAGGAGUUGAAGGUAGAAGCCGCCUCAACCGAGGACUGUGUUGCCGUCAAGAUGCUUGUGCACGCCAUUGGGAAACGUGCGGCAAGACUGAGCGCCGUUGCUCUUGCUGGAGUCAUCCUCUCGACGAACAAACUACAAGAGGAUGAGAUGGUCGACGUGGGCGUGGAUGGAAGCUUGGUAGAGUAUUAUCCGGGCUUCGAGGAGUACAUCCGGGAGGCUUUCAGGGAGAUUGAAGGCAUCGGCGAGGAUGAGAAGCGGAUAAGAAUCGGGCUUGCGAAGGACGGCAGCGGCUUGGGCGCAGCGCUGAUUGCGUUGGUGGCUCAUAAUGCAGACCAAGCCUUGUAG